GAGAUGCGGGUGUAAACAUGGAGGACGAUCAAGAAGACGAAAAUGAUUUUCAAAUGAUAAAACGAAAGAAAUCCAGCUCACUAUUUGACAAUAAUUCUCAAAAACAAUACAGAAAAAAUAUAAACCCUAAACGAAGUCUUCCUUUGUCGCUGAAAUCAAUUCGAUCCAAAAAGAAAGCGUCUAGUAUUGAAACAUUUUUGGAGAAGAACCAAAAUGGAACGUUAGAAGGAAAAGAUCAGUUGAACUUUUGUCCAGUUUGUCAGCUACCACUUCGUAUUUUGAUUGGUUUAUCUGUUGAAGGCCACGUCCAGGAGUGUGUAGCCAACUAUUCAGAGUCUUCUGGUAUGGUAAAGUUUGAAAAAUUUAUCGUCUUUGGGGGCCAUAAUUUUCGAGUGGUUUGAACUUUGAAGUCUUUGAACUAAUUAAAUGGAUUUUGUUCCUCAAUCCAGACUUCGUCCACGUGCGUGGAGGGGGUUAGCAAAGAAUCCACAAUUACAAAAUAACCAGAACAAAAUAAAAUUGACCUUUCUAGGGAAAAAAAUGGACUUUAACACAUGGUACUUGGGGGAGUGGGCUUAGGCAAAUAUGGGUGAUUAACAGAAUGUCCACACUUCCGUUAUAGAGGAAAUUGAGAUGGACCCCCUUUCCUGUAACAGCACAAAUUCCCUCCGUAUUGGUUCGAAGUCUGGUUUUUUCUGGAAUGGUCUGUUUGUGGAAGAAGUUAGAAAUUGUGGGACAAAAUCUAUAUGUUAAUUGGUUGUGGAGUACAUCUAUUGUGGAGUCUAGUUGUUUAUACGUUUCAGUUAAGACUCGUAAUUAUGUCAUUUAACCAUUUCUCUUUUUAUAGUCCUUUGUCCAAAUGGUGUCAACUGUAAUUCUAUGGUCCCUCAUCACUUUAAAAAAUACUCCCAUCAGCAACUUGCAAGAUUGCGUAGUCUUAAAAUUCAGAAAAAUAUAACAAGUGAUGAGGUAAUGGCAUCCAUAUUUUGUAUGGUGUUGGAAAGAUUGAAAUAAAGAAGUAGGGCACAUAGCAUAAUGGGUUUGUAAGACAUACACAUAUGCAACAUACAAUUUGGUGUCCCAACAUACUUUGGUUUGUCCUCGACAAGUUAAAAUUUAACAUACAACAACAUUAUAUUACAGGGUAACAAAGUACAGUAGGUUAUGCAACACAGAGUACUUGUUUUGUGUCUCCCUCUCAGAGCAUGGUCUUAAAUGAUGAACCUAGGGGAAUACAAUGAUAGGUCUAUUAUCUACAUAGCUUCAAAGAGAGCCUGUUCGCAGGCUAUUAUUGCUGCGGAGCGAGCGAGCCUGAAGCAAGCGAGCGUAGCAGCAACCUAAUAUGUGCAGAGAGGGGGUUUUGAACUAAAUUUUAUUUAGUGCAUGGAAUUGUGGGACACAAAUUUUAAACUCGCUCGAGGACUCUUCAAUUUUUAUCGAAUUUCUAAUGCUUUUUCAAGUCUAAUGUUUUUUCAAGUCUAAUGUUACGCUUACAUUUGUUUUGGACUUUGGCCACUGUCAGUUCUAUAUUUUUAUAAAGUAUUGGUUUCUUAGCGUGAUAAAUCUGUGUAUAUAGUGUAUAUAAUGUGGUAAAUGCGCCUAGCAAUAAACAGACUUGAUAUGAAAUCUGACCUUAAUGAGACGCACAUAUUUAAUAUUUGUCAUCUCUGAUUGCCCUUUAACCCCCUGGUCUUUGCCACUUCAAUAUAGCCUAUGUUGCUUCUUCUCAGUCCCAUUCACAGCUCACUAGUCGCUGCAAGUAAUCACUGUGCUUGAUAUAAUCUGUGCUGUUUACUGUAGUUCUAUUUGCUUUUAAUGCCUGCAGCAAUCCCUACCUUGCAGGUACCCUAGUCUACAUUUUAAAGUGUGCACAUUUACCCCCUCUCCCCCAGUGUACGGUUUGUACUCAUUUGAAAAUGUUUGUAAUUAUGGACAAUCUCUUGUUGAAUCAGUUUUAUUGACCUUAUAUUUAAGGAAAUCCAGCAUAACAAAAUAAAUGAAGUGGAAUUCUUCAGAGAAGCACAUUUGAAAAGUAGCUUAACUAAUGAUUCCAAAGAUACAAACAUGUCAAACUCAGUAACUUCUUGUACCAACUCCAGUGCACCACUUUGUGUAAACAAUUCUGUAAGUACUGUAAAUAGUACCAAAAAUGUUGAAGAAACAUUACCGACACUUGAAAAUAUUCUGGACACAAAAAGUAUGGUAGAAAGUCAAUCGUCAGAAAAAGAGAAUUUAGAUGACGUCAACCGUUGGUUAAAUGAUGGUUUAGAAUAUGAAGAUUUUGAAAUGUUUAGUUCCGAAACUGAAUGUAUUUCAACUUCGGCAAGUCCUACAAAUUUUAGUGAUAUUUUGAAACCUUCAAAAUUUGUUGUGAACAUUACAAAUGCAGAAACAAUGGUUGAAACACUUUCAGAUGCAGCAAAUACCAAAACUGUGACAUCUGAAACAGCAACAAGUGCUGGGGUAAUGUUGAGUACAGAAACAAUUGUUGCAACAAUUUCAGAUGCAGCAGAUUCGAGAACUGCAACAACUUCAACUGCAGAAACAAAUGUUGCAACCACUUCUGAAACAGUAAAAAGUAUUGGGAUAAUGUCAAAUACAGAAAAUGCAACUUCAAAUACAAACUCACAAUGUUACAGUACUGACAGCAUUGGGGAAAAGUUGACAUGUAACAAAUUUCCAAGAACUCAAAAACACCAUGUUAAGACGUCCAGAAAACAAAUGGAUAUUGGUGUAUAUUUUGGGUUAAAACCCAAACAAAACGUUACAAGAAAUAAAACAGAAGAUGUUUCUGGCAAAGUAUUACAGCAAAAUGAACUCCACAAAGAGCAGCUUCAAACACAAUACAAUGAUGGAAAAGCAACUCCCAAGACCAAGAAAUGUCCGUUUUAUAAGAUUGUUGAAGGUAAGGACAAGGACUAUCAUGGUUUCUAUUCAAAAUAUAUGACCAUGCAUGGUCAUUGGUCAUAUCAUAUAUAUCGACAUAUAAAAUUAGACAUUUAAUUAGUUAAUCUCCCUGACCCUUCCGAGGCUGCAGAGGGGAUGCUGGCUUUGUGUAAGUGACAAUUACCAAGCUGUAGGGCCUAUAUAUUUUAUACCUUUUAUGAAUCUUUUGAAUAAACGUUGGUAGAACUUACGCAAGUAACUGGCAUAAUACCAAUAAGUUAAACGUUAUUAGUUUUUUCAGGUUGGUCUUUACAUGGGACUCAUGUCCUGUUGACCAUACCUUCAAUCAUUGUUAUAUUUUUUGUAUGAUUGUAAAGUUAAUAAAUAAAUAAAUAAAUAAACUACUCAGUAGAAAGAUAUCUCACUCGACUCAAUUAAUAGUUGAAGGGCCUUGUGGCUUGUAGAUGGAAAUUAUCAUGUGGAAAUUUACAUACAUUCAUUAGACCGCGUCUUUUAUAGGCACAUCAUUUGCAGUGGAUGCAUUUUCAUAUGGCCACAUCCCUAGUAUCUCUGCUUAUUUCUUGAGUCAUUUUCAUUACGAUCAUUAUGGUGGACUGAAAAGAUCGUUUUCUAAACCAAUUUAUUGUAGCCAGGUACAGUGUAAAGUAGACGCUACACCAACCUCGCAAGCAAGCCUUUCUACUUCCCUCCCAAACUGCGGAGUCAAGUAGAGAGCCUUGCUUGCGAGGUUCACAGUACACAAAUUUUGGUAGACGGUCGUGGUGUACACGGGACGAGAUUAUUUCGUCAGUGCAAAGCAGUUUUUCCACUUUUCUAUAAAGAGCACGAUUUCUAUCCACGAAAGAAAAGUAGACGUGAUAAGUCAAGAUGUUGAACAAUGGACAACUUGCAUGUUAGACUAAAUUUUAAUCUAAGUAACGAGAAGGGAAUCAAACACAACAGUUAAUAAGAACAUAAUGAAGUUAGUAAAACUGCAAAAUUUGGUUGCGAAAUGUUGUAAAAUACGGAAAAUAUAGCCUUGCGAAGUUUGCACAUUUUCAGUAUAUUUGUAGUACGUGCGGAAAUUGUUACCAUUUUCGGCUCAAAAAUGGUAACAAUUUCCGCACGUAAUACAAACAUACUGAAAAUAUGCAAACUUCGCAAGGCUAUAUUUUCUGUAUUUUACAACAUUUCAUAACCAAAUUUUGCAAUUUUACUGAUUUUAAUAAGUUUUUCACCAGAAUUUACUUUUUUUUUUGCCUAAAUAAAAAAUUAGUCUAACAUGCAAGUUGUCUAUUGACGUUUUAUAAUAUUGUUUGUGAUACAGUAGUAAAUUUAUCUGCUUUAAAAAACUGGAAAAUCGCGUUUUGUUCCAUGUAAUCCGCGUGUUUCGGUCUUAAGUCACAGUAAGUGGUGUAACCAUGCAAGGGGGCUAGAUGGUGCUCUCUCCCCAAUGACCUCCAGACCUGUUCUUGUGGAAAGGUGGGGGAGGGGGUUGCAAUGUCUGGAAUAACAAAAAAUUACUAUUUUGUCAUAAUUUUUUUUUCACAACUUGUCUCAGACUGCGAGAAAUAGUGUUCUAGAUUUCCAAAAUCCCUCCAUAAAAUUCUCAUAAAGUUUGAUUGACUCACCCCCCCACAAAAUCUAUGCCACUGUUCGUAACAAGGGGCAAAUAACACAAAAUAUCAUUGUUCUGUCAAGAGCAGUAAAAGAGAAAAUUACCAUGGCAAAAAGUGCUUAAAAAGCAAAGAGUAACAGAAAAACACAAAAAAGCAAAACAUUUGAAGAAAUGAGUAUUAUUUGAAAAAAAUUAUAAAAGAGAAUGAGGAAAAAAGGUUUUGAAAAAAAUCACAUGAUUUUUUAUUCUCGUACACUUUUUAGGAGUGAUUUGCCCCUCGGAUCGUAACAUGACUAAUCUCGGACGUGUUACUGUAGGUUUCAAUGUAGCGAUGAAGGUUGCUUGCAGGAUCUAACUACUUGAAAAAAAUUAAAAGUACUUCGAAGGACGAACUGACGAAGAGUUUCGCUCGAAACGUCGAAGUACUUUCUGUAUAAGCAAUGUCCAAUGAAUGAUUUGCAGUUCCAAUAAGUGUAUUUUUAACAUUGUUUAGAUCACUGCCAACUUGAUAUCAUUAAAGAUUAAAGUAGCAGCACGUUUUAUCCAUCGUCUUUCUUUAUACACUCCGACAGUAAUUGAGAAUAUUGAAGUCACAUUACUCGAAGCCAAUCAGUAAGUCAUAUAGACUUUUAAAGCAAUAAUCAUUUUUCAAUUUUCGAAGCAAUUUUUCCUGAUAAUCGGCACAGGAAAAAUUAAUUUUCCAAUAGUGCAUGUUACGAAAUUGAAAUCGAUUGUAACGCCUUACUUAAAUUCUGUGUUUUUAGCUGCCCGGGUGCUGUGAUGUUUAUAUUUAAACUACCAAAUGGCCGAACCCAUCUUCAUACAGGUGAGUGGCGCGAACUCAUGGCCGCUUUCCAUUUUACUAUCCAAAAAUGACAUCACAAGGGUUAGGAUGAAGGAUUGGCAAUGGGGUUGGAAAUGGGGUUGGAAAUGGAUAUGAACAGUAUUAUUUAGUACGUGUUUAUCUUUGCACAAGUCCGACGAACUUACUGUAGCUACAGUAUUGCCAGGGAUGGAUUUACUGGAGGUGUGCUAUUUUUAUGAUAAAUCAAAAAAUAUUAGAAACAAAAUGAGAUACAGUAAUUUGAGUAAUAAUAUGAUAAGCGAACUGUGAACAACAAUUACAAUUCAAAUACAGUAGUUGAUGGGCGGGGGUGCACAUGACCGACACAACUUGGCACCAGAGAGCACCCCCUACCAGAUCAUGCUGGGUCCAUCCCUGAGUAAUGCAGCAUUAAAAAAGUAUUUCUUUUCAGGUGACUUUCGAGCUUCAACAGCGAUGCAAGAAAUCCCUGUCAUCAACCGUUCCUCUAUUCAUACGCUAUAUUUGGACACAACGUAAGAAAAUUAAAUCUUUAACUAGUUUAUCUAUAUUGAAAACUCAUCCAUUCUUAAGACAGGAUCGAUUUACUGUGAAAGUCAAAUGGUAUAGUUAGCUAAUUUCCACAUGAAUUAUUGAAAAGUUUAGUGUUUAUGCAUUAAGGGCAUUAGUAUAGCUCAGUGGGUUCGUUUUUCAUGGAAUGCUUACAGCCGUUAGUUAUAUUGUACUAUUGAGUUUCCAAACCAUUCAUUCUAUUUACUGUACAAUGAUUUGCCUAAUUUGUUUGUUGCAUAUUUAUGUUGUUUUUCCAUCGUUACACACAGAUACUGUGAUCCAAGCUACAGUUUUCCCCCUCAGUCAGAAACGGUGGAGUUCUGUGUAUCAACAGCGACAGAGGCAGUGGCAAGGAAUGCCAAGACAUUGAUCGUCGUUGGCACAUACACCAUUGGCAAGGAAAAGAUUUUUAUUGGUAAUUUUCACUGUUAUUGUACUGCUCAGAAUACGCUUGGUAGCAAAUUGUUUGUUUUGCUUACAUAACCUAAAGGCUGGUGAACACUAUCAAAGUUUCUGUGAUCACAGUAGGAAUUUUGCAUAGGUAAAUUCUGAAGGAUUUGUAAGAAAUGUUUGAGGGAACUGGCUCUCAAACAUGGCUUAUCCUUCAAAACUUAAACUUUGACAGGCCUUAAAAUAUCAGAACCGUCUGACAAAAUGUUUGAUGACGUUUGAGUGUGGGUCGGAUAUAUACAUAUAUUGUGAUGUCCUAUGAUUUUGAGUUCAGUUUGGCUAUAAAAAGAAGUAUUUGAAUGCAGACACAAAUUUAAUAUCAACACAAUUUGGGAAAGUCAUAUGAAUCUUGGCAAUGAAUUUCCAAACCCCACUGUGAAAAUCCCGCACUUGAAUACACAUUUCCACUUUUGAUACAUUACUCUGAUUCUCCAUUUAACACUCUACGAGCCUCUAGGCCUGAACUAGGGUACAUUUUGAUUUAAGUUGGACAAAGUUACUGAAUUCGGCGGACACCAAUACACUCGGGUCGGACAAAUAAUAAACCUCAGUCUCAGAUCCACUUAGGUCAGACAGAAUGUCCAGUGGCACUGCCAGUGGUUCCCUCUCUACGUCGGACAAUGUCGUUGACCGAUCGAUAUUUUAAGGUCUGAACUUUGAUAGUGUGAACCAGCCUUGAGUCAUUGAGAGCAGGCAAGCGUCAAUCUCGUUCCCAGACUCUUCCCUCUUGUGGAGGGAAGAGCCCGGGAACGAGGUUGGGCAAGCGUAAGUUUGCAUGAGUGUUUCGUCAACUUUCGUGCCUCGGUCAAACGAGAACAAGAUAGAAGAAUUGCAGAACAGUUGACUGGAAAUUACCGCGGCGCGUAUAUAUUUCGGUCAAGCGAGCAAAAACUCUCGUUGAUUCUCAUCAAAAUAGACGUGUGGGUGGUACAUGCAGUGGCUAAUACAUGUUCUUAGGGCCAUAGCGACCGGGGGUGUGGGGUGUAGCCCACCCCCAUAUUUGUUCGUGAGUAAUUUCAAAUUAAUUUCUUUGUGAGAUAUUCCGGUGAAUAUUUUAGACCAUUGACAGGCAUCGAUAUAAAUCCAUUUAUAAUCUUUGUUUAAUAGCUGUGGCGAAUGCUUUACAAUGCAAGGUGGCAGUUCAGAGAGAGAAAUAUAACGUAUUGCAAUGUCUGGAAUCUGAACAUCUGAAGAAAAUUAUCACUCGGGAUUAUAAAGAAGCAAGGGUUCACGUUCUACCAAUGGCUCAUCUUGUUCACAAGGUGAGAUAGCACUAGCAGUUGUGGAAGUGAAAUUUAAACAUCUCCAAUAUUUCAUACAUUUUCUCCUUUUUCACUGGUGUGUCUCAUUUGACGAGCCAACAUGAAGUUCAACUAUAAAGCGAGCAAUCUCAGCCGUAAAGUAAGCUUUCCGUUGACAUGUCAUGACAUCCUGCAUUUUUUGCAGAAACUGGCAGCUCACCUCAACGCCUACAGCUCUCGCUAUUCUGAACUAUUAGCAUUCAAACCAACUGGAUGGACAUUUACAGACAGUUGUGAACAUGAUCUCAAAAAUAUCAAACCUUCUAAAAGAGCAUCUGUAACAAUAUACGGUAAGCUGUGAAAAGGUUAAUAGCACGGGUACAGGGUCCAGAUGCAGUUAUAACGCGGGUUACCCUUUACCACCAGGAUGACUGGAUUAGUCAUCCUGGUGGUAAAGGGUAACCCGCUGGUCUGACUCGAUGUGCUAAGAUAUUUUUCCAGAAAUCUUGUCUGGAUCGAUAGAAGUUUUAUUUUCUAAAGUUUUGAAAUAAACGGAUUUGCAGGUGUACCCAAUCCAAAGGAGCGGGUUAGAUCGUAACCCAUGAAGGUUAGCGCCAAUCCAGCUGUGAACAACCGGCCCCUGGUCACUUCCAUUUAGUUGUGGCCCCUCAGAAAAACCCUCGAAGCACUUGAAAGAUUCAACCAAACUUUACUUUCAUGAGUUUUUCAAGCACACGGAAGUUACCCAACCUAUGAAAAUCCAUGUCCUCGACCUGCAGUAGCAGGCUGACUGAGAAGUAAGCGCGCUAACCAACUCUUCCGCCUGUGUUUUCCAUACUUUGUAGUGUAUUUAUUCUAGUGGCUAGUAGCUUAUAGUUCUCAUUUUCCCUGCAGGUGUGCCGUACAGUGAACACAGCAGUUUCAAAGAACUAAAGCAGUUUGUGCAGUUUAUCAAACCUCACAAGAUCAUUCCGACUGUAAAUAACGGUUCUGCAAAGAGAAGAGAAGAAAUGAAGAAUAUUUUCAAUACCUGGCUCAGGAAUUAAGUAUAUAUAAAGAAUUAUAUAUUUCAACUUGUAUUUUUGUUUUAUAACGUUGAACAAAGACUGCAGACAUAGGUAUAUAGGACUAUAAAUAUAUCAACUUUACAGAAGGAGUUUAUGAUACAAUGAUUCGAAACACCAUGAAGCCUGUUGAAAGCGAGGCGCUGAUAAACAACUUCGUGUGUGUUAAAAACGAUCCAGAUCUUUAAAGAGCAAUUCAACGCCAGAGUUCCUAACGUUGUUCCCAGUAUCCAACUAGCAGAACUAUUUUCUAACAUCCUUGUUGCAGUUUGAUUGAAGAGGAUUGUCGAAAGAGAAUUGGUUAUCGGUAUACAACAGGCCAAUAGACAUGACGAAGGAAAGUAUAGAGACAUUUGUUGUGGUGAGCUGUACCGACAACUCGAAGGAUGUGAUGACACCUAUAUGAAGCACCUUUCUUGUUUCAUAUUGAUGGGACAUAUAUGCCGUGAAAUCCAAGAUCUUCAGUAUAUCAAGAUCCCCAAUACAGCGUAUUUUGGUCGAACUACCAGCCAGUAUUCGGUAUUCAUUGAAGGAUGAGUUGUUCUGCGUACUUUUUCAGUCUCAAAAACAUUUUGUCGAUCAAGUUAAAGCAAUCAACCGAUGAAUCAGGACUACAUCUAAAUGUUCGAUUUUACCAUGUUACAUAGUAGAUCUUGAAUUUCAGACAGUGUAAAGGACUUUUUGGGCGCAAUAUUGUACAUAUCUUCAUCCAGAAGAAAGAAUAACACAACCAGAACUAAAUUUAAAUGUUCCAGAUUACCAUGUUACAUAGUACAUAUUGAACUUCAGACAGUGUAAAGGGCUUUGGGGCGCAAUACGUAGUAUCUUCAUCCAGGAGAAAGAAUAACACAAGAAAAAGGAACAGUUUGAAUUUAUCAGGUGUGCGAAGAUACCCCAAAAGAAGGAACCGUUCUGAUGCGAUUGAGCUUACACAGCUAUAACAGAAGCGACCAAAAGAUGUUUUUUUUGGAAUACUUCGUCCAACGGAACAGGAUAAGAUCACGGAUAAUCUAUGCAACCUGUACUAAACACAUACAGAAAAAGUUUAACCUACAUCUCAAACUCAUUAAAAAUUAAUGAGUAAAUUAGCCAACCAUAUAUUGCUUUAUUUUGCUUACUAUACAUGUUAAUACUGGAUACCUGGUGAAGUAUAUUGAUUCAGUCCUAGGACUGGAUCAAAAUUAAUUCACUUCACUUUAAGCACAGUAGUAAUUUAUUCGUAUGAGAUGUCAUUUUAAGUCCUAUAGACGUCCAGUCCUCAUAGUCAUGCAUAGACAUAAUCGGUUUUGAAAUAUUACAUCUCGGCGUUGAAUGAAUGAUUAUAUUUAUUUAUUCAGGAAACCAACAUCACAAGAAGUGUUUUUCGGAUGGUUCCUGCAAAACAUUAAAAUACAAAGUAUACAAUAGUAUACUAUAUAGUGUGCGUGCAGUAUUUACAUAUUGGUAUAUGGAUAUAUAUGAUAUACAUGAAAAAUUAUGAGACUAUAGUAUAGGAUACAUGAUGCUAUACAUAUUUACAAGGAUACAAAGAGUUAGUAAGUUAUAUUUUAAAUGUACUGUAUGAGUAUUAUGAAGAUAGAGAUUUGAGAAGUUCAUUCCUAAAGGUUCCUAACUGUUCAAUGGGUCUAGUAUAUUAUAGUCCAAAUUGUUGUACUAAAUCGAUGUACUCUGCAGUUCUCGCAAAGAGUCUGGUGGCGGUGGAAUAAUACCGUUUUUCAACAAUCCUCCCAGAGUUUUUUCACUUUUCCAUUUGGCCAUGAAAUUUUUCGCUCCAUUUUCUGAAAUGCUCAAAGUUUUGCGUAAGGUAAAAAUUUAGAACAAUUUUUUAAAAAGUUGGAAUAAAAUAGGACAAAAACUAUACACUUUAAUUUAUAUAUUGCAUCUUUUUUUUAAUAGUUAUUUUUUAACUACCCAAUAUAUUUUUUGAACUUUAAUAGUAUAACAUUAAUCUUUGAUAUAUUAGCAAUCUCAGUUCAGUACUAUUUAGUUAACACUACUCUAUUAAACUACACAUUUCAAUAUACUUCUACACAAAAUGUUCACACUAAUUAUAUCACAUUCAAUAUUUUUCAAUAUAUUAUCAGUUCAUGUUUUUACAUCCUGAGCCAAAAUAUAAAUCCACCCAUACCAAUGAAUAUAUAUAUACAUAUAUCUGUUUUUUUUAUAAAUAGUAAUUUUUAUUAUAUUUCUAUUGUAUAUACCAUGCUGUUAGUUUGUACUUGAUAUUGCAGUAGAUUGCCCAGUAGAUUGCACGGCAAUCUGGGCUGAACUGGACAUUGCCUUUUCAUCUGCAUCAUGAGCUCUGA